GCAACCCCCGCCGUUGUUUUGCAGCAGGAAGCUCAGCCCUGUGUCGCGGUCCUAGAGCGGCCCAAAGCAGCCGCAGCUGCUGAAAACGCCCGAGCUCGCCCGCAGCUGUUACGGGCCGGCCUCGGCUCGUCGGUGGCUGAGCGCCGCUAGGCUGGAGCUCGGGUCUCGGCUCUUACUGGGGUUUCAAGUUCAGGCAUGUCCUUGGGCUGCUACACUGCAGCUACGGCUGCUGAAGGAGUGUAGAUAAUGGAGCCUCAUAACUCUGAUAGCUUUCACAAGAGUAAAUCACCAGCUUCUGGAAGUGAAGAUGAAAUUGAGUUCAUUGGAGAAGGACCUUUAAGGCCCGUCCUUGAAUGCAUUGAUCUCGUCAGCAGUGAGGAUGAAGAGCCUAACAGCAGUUCUUAUUUUCAUAGAAAUACUAAGCGUAAGGAUCACAUUGACUAUCAGAAGGAACGAGUUGCAUCAACCCUGGAUCGUCUGGCACGCCAUGUUGAAGUAGAGAAACAGCAAAAAGAAGAGAAAAACAAAGCCUUUAAGGAGAAAGUUGAUUCCCAAUAUGCUCAUGGGUUGCAAGAACUAGAAUUUAUUCGGGAACACAGUGAUACAGAAGCUGCAAGGUUAUGUGUGGACCAGUGGUUAAAAAUGCCAGGUCUGAAACCAGGCUCUGUUAACGGUGGAAGAAGGGCUAUUUUUAAGAGGACAGGUCAGACUCGAGUCAACAGCAGUCCCAAAUGUUGUCCCGUGAUGCAUUGCAACAGACAGUUUGAUAAUGUACAUCUUCUUCUAGGUCAUCUUCAAAGGUUUGAUCAUUCUCCUUGUGACCCAACAGUCACAUUACAUGGACCCCCACAUAAUGCUUUUGCCUGUGUGAUAUGCUGUGAAAGAUUUUCAACCUCUCAGCAGUACAAUGAUCAUCUUUUAUCUAAGCUAAAUGAAAAUGAUGGGCAUAAAAAAGGUACUCCUCCACAGCAUAUUCAGUGUUUUGCAUGCCCAAACUGCUUCUUCCUUUUCACCAAAAGAGAUGAGUGUUGGCAGCAUAUGUCGCAAAAGAAACACUUCCUGCAGGUUUCUGAACUGAGUGAUGCAGUGAAGUCUGGCCAUCCACUACCUUUUCCAUCCUUUGCAAAGAACCUCUUGGUAUCUCUGUGCAAAGAGGUUUCCUUCCAAGUGAAGUGUAUGUCCUGCUUCAAGAUAUUGCGCUCACAUAUGGAAUUAACGGCUCAUUUCAGAACACGUUGUCAUAAUUCUGGACCCAUGGCACUGUCAAAGAAAAGCGUCUCCCAAGUUGCAGAGAUAUUUAAAACGAAAGGUCACUGUGAGAACUGUGAUGAACUGUUUGCUGAUAAGAAUCAGAUGACCCAACACAAACAAACCACUCAACAUAACAUUAGAGUUUUUACUACACUGGAAGAGUCAAUCUUGAUGUUCUGCCAUGUCAAUGGAAAACACAAAAAUCAGUCUCAUUUGGGUUACAUUGUGGAACGGUCAAGACCACUGCUUAAAAGACAUUUGAGUCCAAAUGAGUCCUCCAGUGAAAUGGGGUCUAGUCCUUCAAAACGGAAGAGUAAUUUAAAAGAUAAAAGUGAAGAUAAAGUUGCAAACCAACGUCAAGGUAGUGCUUGCAAAGUAAAAGCCUGGUUUUGUGAAUGCCUUCAAAAGUUUUUUACAGAAGAGUCAGUAGAAAAGCACAUUUUAUCAGCAAAUAGGAUCUGUCAUAAGUGUGCUGUGUGUGGAAAGCUGGUUGAAAAUUCAAGCAUUAUCCGCCUGCAUAUGAGUCGAUUCCAUGGAGGAGCACACUUGACUAAUUUUCUUCUCUGGUGCAGAGCAUGCUCUGUAGAUCUUAGAGAAGAGGAUAUUAUGGGACACGUAACUGAAUUUCAUGGUGGACAUAGUUACUACUAUGAGCAAGAAGCUGUAGAAGAUGAACCUAUGCCAUCUGCUUCUGAUGCAGUGAGCAUUUCUGCAGGCGGAGAUAAAGACUGCAUUUCUGGCCCUGUGGAUCUGUCCCCUGAAAGUGGUCCUGUUGUGGGAAAAUGGCAGUGCCGCAUUUGUGAGGAGAUGUUUGAUUCUGAAGAGAGUGUUCAGCAACAUUGCAUGUCCUUAGAAAGCCAUGCAUUUCACAGGUACUCAUGUGGCAUAUGUAAAAAUCAUUUUCGGAAAGUAGGAACGUUACAGCGGCACUUCCAAGAGCAUCAUAAUCAGGAGAUGCAGACUAAAUACUUCUGUGGCCUUUGUGGUAAUCUCUUCUUCAACACAGAGGAAGAAUUUCUAACCCAUUACAAGGCACUUCAUAGCAUGGACUAUACAUUUGUGCCUGAGCAGGUGGAACUGUCAAUAAAAAAAGAUGAGGACUUCCUCCCAGUCGAACAAGGAGACCGCUUAACCUGUGGUUGCCGGACAACUUACAUCUCCAAAAUAAACAGGAGGAAUGAUCAUGAGAAUUGUCAGAAAGCCAUGCUGCAGAAAGGAAACUUAUGGUUUCGAUGCUGCUUGUGUUCUGCAACGGCACAGAAUAUUGCUGAUAUGAACAGUCAUCUCAAGAGUCACACAUCAGUAAAAUCUAAGGGAGAGAUGUAUGUUGUUAGAUGUGCUGCAUGCAACAAAAACUUUGAUGAUCUUCAAAGCGCACAUCAGCACUAUCACAUGAAACACUGCUUCUUGCAGAAACCUGAUCUGUCAAGUCUUGCAUUAGAAUCAGAAGACACAGUAUUCAAGUUUUCAGCAAGUGGGGCUUGUGUGGUCAGAAAACCUCACAGGCAACAAUUUCAAGCAUCUCCAUCCAAAACUCAGGACAGACCACCAUCUUCGCCUCUGCAGGGCCCAAUAGAGGGAAAUAAAAUAAAAAAUGAGGACUUAGAACACUCUGAACAACUUAGUGAAAAUGGUGAACUUCCUGAUCUUGACUAUCUGAGUACCAUGACUCAUAUUGUGUUGGUGGAUCUGGACAACUGGGGAAGCCUUUUCACAGACCUGCCAGCUAACCUGAACCAAGGGACAUUUAUCUGGGGUUUUCAAGGAGGAUACAGCAACUGGAAGCCUCCAGUGCAUUGCAAAAUUUACAAUUAUCUUAAGAGGAUUGGAUGUUUCUUUCUUCAUCCACGUUGCAGUACCAGAAGAGAAGCAGCAGACUUUGCUCUCUGUGUUCAUGCUGGUCGUCUGGAUGAGCACCUGCCCAAGCAAAUUCCUUUCACUAUUCUUUCUGGAGACAAAAGCUUCCUGGAACUGGAAAACCAGUUUAAAAUGACCCAGCGGUCAGCUCGCAUCCUGAAUCCUCACCACAUUGAAGGAGACAUGAUGUGUGCCUUGCUAAACAGCAUUUCAGAUAUCACAAAAGGUUCAGAUAGUGAAGAGGAUGAAGAUAUGAAGGAAACAGUGAAGCGGAGCUUAGAAGAAACAAAGAAACAGGAAGAACUGCAAGAUGUAGAACUGCAAGAAGCUAUCAAAAGGAGCCUUGAGGAAAUGUAAAUGAAGAUACUUCAGUACACUAACACCAUGCCAUCAGAACUGCUCACAAAAAUGGAAGCUUGUUCUGUCUAUUUAGAAGGGUUCAGAAAUGCCUCUUUUGAAGUGUCUGUAAUUGUUAGAUUAAUAAUCUGAUGUCCUCUGUCAUACUGAUGUACAGCUGGAGUUUAUUCAUAUUCAUUGCAAUGUGUUAUGUUUGAUAAAAAUAAAAUUUUAAGCCUUUUCAUAUUUGUUUCUAAGGGGUGAUGACUAAGUCUCUCCAAUUUAGCUGUUUGAAAUUGUUGCCUAAUUAGUAGGCUGGUCUUACUAGGUAUUUUGGGGUUCCUGGUUGUUCAGGUUUCUUUUCUUAAAUUGGUUCUUGUAUUUAAUUUUUUUGUCACAAAAUGUCAUUGUCUUUAUUUACUUUUUCAUGUGGUCUUUGCAACAGAUAAAAAUAGUAAACUCCAGUUAUCUCAGAUUUGCCUGGCUAAUCUUGUUAUAAAGAGAAGCUUAGAUCCCAGGGUUGUUGAACAUAUGGCCUAACUCUUGCCUGUGGCUGGUUUUACUUCAUAGGCCAUAAUUUUGUCUCUGUCCUAUUUGUUAUAAAUGUCCAAAUCAGGACCACAGGCUGUAUAGUUAGUUUACCAGCUUUAUUUGUAUAAAUGUGUUUACUUUUUCAAUACUGGUAGAGUAUUUGGAUUUGAUGGCUUAAAGUUUGACGACUUCAUUGCCUCUCCCUUACCUAAAGCAGGAACAACCUUUUAAGGGAACAGAAUCUAAAUAAACUUCCUAGUUUCUGUUUGGAAUACAUGUGAGAAAAUUUAAACUGUAAUAUUUCUGUAUACUAUGGUCUUUGCUCUCUUCUGUUCAUGAAGAGGUGGCAUUGGAUAAGUGAAUGUAAAUGUGCUAAUUAUUUUUGUACUGUCCUUACUGUGAAAUUAUUUGUGUUUAAAAUUAUCUGUCAUCUUUCUCAGUUUUGUUUUAAAAUACCUAUGCAAACUGUCUAGCUUUACCAGCCUAUUAUCAUUCAGUUAAUGAUUGCUGUCAAUCAGUAAGAUAUCUCAGUGUAAUAAAAUUCCAGCCUAAUUCUUUUUUAUGAUUCACUCACCUUGAGAGUUUGCUUCUACCUACCUGUUGUAUCCUUAAAUACUCAUUAUGCAAGUAGAUACUUUUUGUGGAGAAUAUGAUGAGGGGAGAGCUGGAUUUUUCUCACUAUUCCAAAGAAUCAGCAUAACUACAGCUGUUUGUCAUCAUGGUUAGAAAAGCUGGAAGACUGACACUGGUGUAUUUCUAAUCAUUACUCUGAUAUAAUUGCUAUCUCUGAAGCAAGUAGAAUGAAGGAAGAAUCUAGUGAGGUAUCUAGCACUCAUUAGCAAUCAUACAGCUUGAAAAAACUGUUCAAAUGCCAGAAAAUAGUUCGAACACUUAGAGUGCAUUUGAGUGUGACUCCCAAGUGUUACAGGGUGAACAGGACCUCUUAGUGGUUUUCCCCUUGUGCCUGUUGCUUGUUUUCCUACUGCCAGUCUUGGAUUAAUUGUACUUCUGAUAAAAUGCAGGUGUGUAGUUUGCACUGCUCCUGAGAAAGCCCUAUUUUGGGAGAUUUUGAGUUGUCUUUAGCUACAUAAUUUACUACUGUAUUUAGCUUAAAUCAGUUCCAGAAUUUUUCCCACCCUUUUUCCCAGUACUUCUGUUAAAGAGUGGAAUGAAACAGAAAACAAUUUUCAUCUUCAAAAGCAUCUCCAUCUAAGUUAUAGAAGCUUUUGGGCAGGUUUUUUUCUAUAUAGAUCCGGAAGUUUCAAAUUCGUUUCACAUGAAAAGAUGUUUCUGAGAAAGUUCUUUGGCUCCAUAGUGUUUAAAACCUGGAUAGAUCUUGAAAGUCUGCUAUGUUAGAAUUUUAUUAUGUGCUUUAUUUUUCAUAACAUUUUAUUCUGUCAUAAAUGUAAAGUUUGCUUGUACCUGAUAGGCCAUGACUUAAUUGGUUGCAUUAAAAAAAAAGUCCUGUGUGCACACAUACUCUGUAUACUUGAAGCUCCACUUAUUAAACACAUUGUGUUGGCCUUGUCAUCUGCUUACCAAAACAAGUGGCAAAUCCCAACCACUGCUGCUUUGGCUUUUAUAAAACAAACUAAAUAGAGUUCUAGUUUCUCUAUUAUUUUUAUAACAGUAGUCUUCAGAAUUAGCAACAUCUUGAAAUUUGGCCUCAUUUUCAAGAAAAUUUUGGUCUCUUUGAGGUUCUCCCUUAAUUCAUAUUUUUCUUUGUGAAAUUUUCUGCCAUCACGGGCUUGUGAUACUUGUUUCCCGAAGAACAGAGAAAAUUGGAUUCUUAAAACACUGCAUGUACAGACAUGUGACUUGUUACUCACCAGCAUCUUGUGGUUGAACACCUUCAACUGAAAAAGUUGUCUUGUAAAUGUGUUUCAGAAUUCAGUGGUUUUGUCUGGUGAGUCUUGUUUAACUGGCUGAAAUUUCUGAGGUUUGUCCUUCAUAUGCUGAGAAAUCUGCCUGCAUUUACAAGCACAACCUGUCUUUUAAAAGGGGCUUGCCCAGUGCAUUUGUACUAGAAGUGAUUUCUCAUGCCCUUUUCAAGAGCAUUUGGUUUUGUGGUGAUGUUUGAGUUCAUCUUUGGUUAGACUGAGUAAUUCAGUAGUGCUUCUUUAUCUUUAAUGAGCAAAAAGUCUAAUCUACCUGACUACCACCAACUGUUCAUUUCAGUGCUCCUAAGUUCUGAAUGGCAUAUGUGUUAAGUUUUACAAGACUGAAAUUGUGACAAUUUGAGAUUGGUAUAAGGCUCUUAAUUCUUUGGUGCUCUGUGUACCAAAUUCUUACGAAACAAAAUCCCUUUUUGGUCAUAUUCAGAUACAAGGUGAGCCGACAAAUAAGCCAGUGCAACUGUUAGUAAAGUCACUGGAGCACUGAAGUGUUAUAUCUGCCUGGUUGCUUCUGUUACUUAAUAAUAUUAAAAAGAGAGAUUGGCUGACUCUAA